CCCUUUCUGUGACAGGCGUCAAAAAUACCACCAAGGGAGCGCGGAUCAGCAGCUUUCCACACAGCUACACGGCUGUUGACCACCGUUCCGAUGCGUAAAUAUCCCAGAGAAAACUCUACUUUUCUCCAUUCAGAGCCACCGAGGUGACGAUGGACAGAGCGUUUUAUUCUGAUUCUUCAAAGUAAGCGAUGACGGACUGAUUCGACUUUAAAUGUCUGUGAAAGGAUUGUACUCGACCACAUUCUUUGCAACAUCCAGCACAUUUCUGCUUUGAGAGAGGAAAAACAUGAGGGAGAAGAUGUGGAUAUUUUACAGUGCUGACGAUUCAAAGUGUCUUUUUUCUCUUUGGAAUCAGUGGUGUUUGUGUUACGCAGCGGUGGUGUGUUUGUUGUGUUCACCCGUCAGGACGGACGAUGCGUGUCCGUCAUCCUGCGUCUGUGCCAGAGACUCGGGGACGGUGACCUGUCGUGAUGGAGAAGACACGGAGGUCCCGAGCGACAUACCGGAGUGGACGUCCACCUUGAUAGUUCAGGGGAGAAACAUCUCAACUUUACAGCGCGGUGCGUUCAUGACCAACAGCACGGAGUUGGAAAUGUCGAAACUCUCGCUGUCCUACAACGGGAUACAGGUUAUUGAACCUUACGCCUUCCUGGGACUUCCCCGGUUGCACCUGCUGGAUCUGAGCCACAAUCAGUUGGAGUCUAUCUCAGCCAGGGCUUUCCACGGAUUACCAGAGCUGCGCUCUCUGUUCCUAAACUACUCGGUGUUGCCUGUGGCCACGGCGCAGCUCUCCAAUGCGCUCAGCGCACAAACUUUGCGCAAUCUCCAUAGACUGGAGUUGGCGGGAAACCAGCUAAAGUCUAUACCGCUGGUGAGGUUAGACAUGUAUAACCUCCAUGUGUUAGUUCUGAUAAAUAACUCCAUAGAGCGCAUCGGGAGGGAAAACGUGACCAAUUUGUACCAGCAAAGGCACAUACGCGUCUACUUGUCUUUAAAUCCGUUCUGGUGCGACUGUGAACUGGAGUCGUUUUACUACUGGCUGAAGAACUCAUCCCAGUGCCCGGAUGCAGGGCAUCUACUGUGUAGUGAGCCGGAGGCGAAGAGGUGGAUCCCUGUGGAAAAGCUGCGGGGAGAAGACGUGGAUUGUAUGAACGAGAACCUGGAGGCAGUUUCAUACGUGUUCCUGGGUAUAGUGUUGGCCCUGAUCGGGGUAGUGUUUCUGAUGGUGCUCUAUCUCAACCGGGGAGGCAUCAAACGGUGGCUCAACAACAUCAGAGAGGCGUGCCGAGACCAGAUGGAGGUCUACCAUUACCGCUACGAGCAGGACUCAGACCCGAGGCUGGCCAACGUGGCUGUUUAAACUUUGGGAACAUCUGUAGGCUGCAGUAAGCGGACACUACAAGGAGGAUGGAAAACUACUUGGCAGUGGCACUGUACUGUCAAAAUCAAUAUCAAUGGCUGUUAUGACCAGUUUCAUCUUUUUCAGUAACUGGCCUAUGAACUGCAAGUCCCACUGUGAGAUGUGCAAAGAGCCAAACAGCUACAUGACUAUAAGAGACUAUUAAGUGUUCAUCUUGCACAACUGAAUACACUUCUAAGCAGCAUUGUACAUAUUGUAUAUAAGUCAAGACAGGAAUGCUUUUCAUGCAUCAUGUUAACUUACAGCAGCUUGUCCAACUCACUUAGUAUUAUUACAAUAUUAACCAAGUAACAAUUACACAGUAAAGAUAUAUAGAAUUUCUGAUUUGAAAAGCUGAAAUGAAAGCUGUUGAAAUGUCUGCAUUCAGGAAAAACUGUAGGCAGAACAAGAUGGCUCUGCUUUUAAUCUGAAGGAGUGCAUAUUGCAAAAAAUAAAAUAAAAAUCAGGGUAAAAGUGGCAAAGAAGGAGACAGGACAGAAUGAGGCAAGAACGCUGGUAUGUUUGUCAGAGUACCAUGUUUGUGGAAGCAGGCGGUGCUGAAGUAGACUGUUGUAUUUCAGAAUAAACCACACAGGCUAAGUUACCAAUCUUGUCUUCAAAAAAAAGUCUUUGAUAUUUGAAAAUACCACGUAUCAUGUGACACCAGGUCAGUUCAUCAGUAAAGCGAUGGAAGAGGAAGAGACAGAUUCUAACCAUGCAUGUGAUUUUCGUAGGCAUAGAAAACCAACCAAAACGUUAAUAAAAGGUCAAAUAAAAAUGUGGAGUUAGCAGUGUUCUUUAUGUCGGUGCUUUUUAUUGUCACUGUCAGGGAAUGUUGACCUCAUGCAGCACUGUGCCGGCCAUGAAACAGAGGAAACGUUCCCCCUGUUGUGCUUGUAAAUUUGCUAGAAGCAGGUGCGACUGAGUGCGACUGGUCCUUGUGAAAUUUUGCGAAAAUGUCACUCGUUCUGUGAACUCCAGUAACAUUUCACAUCAUCCUCGGUUCACCAAAAAAGGUCUAGACUAUUUCAUCUGAUUCUUUUUAAAGCACCAAAGAGCGAAAGGUUGUCAGAGGUCUGUGUGGAGAGAUAUGACAGAAAGGCGCUGCAGCGUUAAUCUCAUCAGCACUGUGACUAAUAAACCACGGAGAAUGAGGAUUGACCUGUGAAGUUUGGUAUCUCUCUGUGGCUAUCAUCAGCCCUCUUACCGAAAGGUCUGCAUUACGAUGGCAGGGAUUUUGGAGCUAAGGUCAAACAAGAAAAGCUGAGGAACAAAUGAGUAGGAGUGUAUGCAUGUAUACAAUAGAGGGUGCUACUUAAAGUCCUGUUUGUAAAGUUGAAGGCGCAGAGUUAAACCACUUCUUGCAAUUUUUGUUUCAUAAGGAAGUGCCUUUUAGUCCAAAUUGAGGGCAAGAGAGUAAACAUUUGAGCAAAUGAAUGUGUCGUAUAUGGAAACAAGCAGCAAAUUAGUGUGAUUUUACCUGCUGAUUUUUCCCUUUCUUGUAAAUCAGGACAAACAUGAUUUAUUUUCAAGGACUGAGACAGCGAGGAGGGAAAUCAAUCAUCUGCAGACUUGAUUUUCAGCUGUGAUGCAUGAAGUGGGAUAUGAUUAGCACCAGGACGUUCCAGUCAUGGAAACAGAUCAAAUAAAUAAGAAGAUCACUUUGAAACACAAGGCCCCCUCUAGACUAGCUGUAAAAAGCAAUUUCUGUUUUUAUCCACAAAUGAGCAUGAGAUAGAUAGAUAGAUAGCUAGAUAGCUAGAUAGAUAGAUAGAUAGAUAGAUAGAUAGAUAGAUAGAUAGAUAGAUAGAUAGAUAGAUAGAUAGAUAGAUAGCUAGAUAGAUAGAUAGAUAGAUAGAUAGAUAGAUAGAUAGAUAGAUAGAUAGAUAGACAGACAGACAGACAGACAGACAGACAGACAGACAGACAGACAGACAGACAGACAGACAGACAGACAGAUAGAUAGACCACAUUAGUAUUUCAUUAUGUCAGCAGUGGAGGAGGCACCUUUACAUAACAACUGACAUCAAAUGUGACACGCUGCUACUUGUUGGCAUGCCAGUGUACCAUACACUGUCAUGCUGUAUAUGAAGGCUGAGGAGAUAAACCUAAUCAUCAGGACAGCAGUAUCCGAGGAUAAAAGCAUUUGUGUGCUGUAUAUGUAUGUCCCAGGUAGCAGGAUUUGUCAAGCUGUACCUAAACACAGCGCUGCUUUCAGCCAAAUGCAGUAACAUGCUGAGAUGCUGGUAUGAUGUUUCUCAUAUUCACCAUCUUAGUUUGGUGUCUGAGCACGAUGGUUUGUCAUGUAGCCCUAAAGUGAACGUCAGGUUGAUGGAAAAGUCAUUAUAUGUGCAGGCAAGUAGUGGACAUGUUCAACUGAUGAUGGUGGAGGAGAAAAAUUUGACUGGAUCAACAAAGUUAUUACAACUGAGUCUGUGAGUGCCAUCCAGUAGCUGUUAUUUCAUGAUAUUCAAGUCGUAGGAUGAUGAAUGUUUUAUGGCGGUUUAUCAAAUAGCUGUCCGAUAUUUCAGUCUGGACUAAAAAGGUGGACCAACGCCACCAUCCCAAGAGCCACAUCAUUACUCUGCCUGAAAAUGAAGGCUUGGGCCUAACUUCAGCAGGCCAGUGUUGAUGUGUAAUUAUCUGUAAAAGUUCAUAAUGUAACACAUGCUGCAAUGUCACCGACAAGUCAAGUCAAGUCAAGCCACUUGUAUUAUUAUAGCACGUUAAAAAGUGUUUUUCAUUUCAGACAAAGGCUCGUCAAUACAAAUACAUAUGUAAAAGUGCAAACCAAAAUUCUAGCAAAUUUCUAGAUCUGGAGCACACUGCUUAAUUCAAGGAAUUUUUUUUAUGUUUCAUUUUGUUUUCUUUCCUUUUUUUAUUUAUCUUUUAUCAUCCAGUACAUUUAAAAUCAUUGUUCUACCAGUGAUCCAAUGACAACUGUACACCUGGUUUAGGUUGGAUGUAUUUGUCUGCCUCAUGCCUUUUGUCCGCUUUGACUCUGAUAAAGACACAGCAGUGUUGACACAUUCGUCUGCUUCCACAAUAAAAGGCUGUGAAUUAAA